AUGGCACUGCUGGGCAUCUUGACUGCUGCAGAAAUCGCAGCUGCUCUACAAAGCUGUGAAGCUUUGGAUUCAUUCUGCUGCAAGACCUUUUUUGCUAAAGCCAGCUUGACCGGCAAAUCCAAAGAGGAACUGUCCAAGGUGUUCGGAGUCAUUGACCAGGACAAGAGUGGAUUCAUUGAGGAAGAAGAACUGAGCAAAUUCCUGCAGAAUUUUAAGGAUGGUGCCAGAGUUUUGACUGAUAAAGAGACCAAGGAAUUCCUGGCAAAAGGCGACACCGACGGAGACGGCAAAAUUGGAGUGGACGAGUUCAUAGCCCUCGUUAAAUGUUAA